AUGCAGGCCUGUGCAGCGUUUCCGCAAUGCCAGGCCACAUUUGUGAAAUUUGCAUCAGCUAGUCCUUUUUAUAAACAUCUUGGCAACGGAUUCUUGGAUUACCUGUACCUAAUGGUAUCAGGUUUAAUGAGGGCAGAUGCCUUUUAUCAAGAAACCUACUCAGAAGCUAUAAAGAUAUUGAAAGGGGAAUACACUAUAAAGGCUAUAGAUGAACAUAAAAUGGACAAAGCGUUGUUAUUUUGUAGAACUAAAAUAGAUUGUGAUAAUUUAGAGAACUAUCUGAAACAGACAGGUGGAUUGGACUUGAACUAUCAACAACUACCAACAACUACCAACAACUACCUAGUUUGUGAUAUCAGCGUCCGCUGGAAGCGAACGUUAACUUGUCAUCUACCAACCAACCAUCAGUAG